AGAGAGAGAGAGAGAGAGAGAGAGAGAGAGAGCUCUCCGAGGACCUUUGGACUGAGUGCCGGUGAUCCAGCAGGGAUGUUGUUGUUCUGUUGUCAGUGAUGUGAGGCGACAUUAAGGAGCUGGUGAAAGGAAUCCUGACACAUAUUCCUACAUUUUUGCAGUUACAUGUAUAGCAGCACUGUGUCAUACAGACCAGUAGAAGUUGGCUUCCUGCCUGCUGAGAUGUGCCAAUAGGAAACACUUUGAACAGGGGUUCAUGCUGAUGAAAUUGAUCUGCUCAGUGAGCUCCAACCAGAGCCAUGGGGAGUACCCAGACUGCCGGAGUGAGAGGGAGUCAGGAGGGGAGGCAUCUCUCCUGGUGUCUCCGCUGGUGGUGGCGGGGAUCGUUAUAGGUCUAGUCCUCUUCCUCUCAUGCAUCACCAUCAUCGUCGGCAGCUUGCGCAAAGACAGUCGACUCCGAAACCCUCACCUUCGAGCAAGCUAUGGACAAGACAGUUUUUCUUAUGGAGGUUCAGCAGGUGAACUGAGGUCUAGCUGCUUGGAAGACUUUCCUCCUGGUUUAGACUUUGACUCAUACAGAGAGUCUCAGAUAAACAGUGUGUAUCCUGACUCCCCACCACGCUAUGAUGAGUGUGUCGGUCCAGGUUCGACUCAGAUCUACAUCCCUACAGAUGACCCACCUCCUUACUCAUUGGUGGACCCCUGUCAGGGGGGAGCAGAGCAGGAUGAACGGCCUUGCUACUCCCUUACAGAUCCUUCCCCACACUGCGGAGAGACCUCAGCCAGUGCUGCCUGGUUUUCUCCCUCCCACUACCCACUGGGACUGCAAGAGCAGGAGCAUCAACAUCUUGCAUCCAUCUCCUUCCCACUGGAGGCAGCACCACCUUAUGAGUCAAUGCUGCCAGAGCAGGGACAGCCCCUCCCUCUCAUGCCAUGUGACCUUUAUAAACACCAAUCAGAGAGGGGGGAUGAUGGCAACUCCCAGCAACUCCCUGCGAACCAGAUCUCAUAGGACAGUUAAUUUGUUUCUCUCACCUGUGGGCUUGGUGAAUUAAACAAACACUUGGGAUGUGUGGAAAAUAGCUUUCAUUAGCAGCUGUGACACCAAACGAUGGUCCAAAAGAUGUGCAUUUCUUCCACACGGUUGCAAAGACCUGAAGAGGCUGAAGCUUGACUGCAGUGCAGUCAAAACUCCAGCUUUCAACCAUUUUACUGUUGUUUGACUAUGGACAAAAUAAAACUCAAGAACUGCAUUAUACUGCAAAGUUCCUGGAAUGGCAACUUCUCUCAAUGGCUCUCCUCUAUGUUGUUUAGUUUAGUUUUGCCAUGUGUUGACUGUUAUCGUCUCCUUGAAGUAGGACUGAUACAAGAGUUGUGUGUCUUGUGUGGAGUUUAGUCUGAAUCGCUUCCAAACAAAUGCAUUUACAUUUAUCCAUCAUGUCAUAGACAACAGGAAAUUGAGUUUGUCUUUACAAGAAAGAGUAUGAACAGUAUAGAUGUGGGUUUUAGUAGUCUAGUUUAAGGUAUACACAAGCACACUCAGUACCAUCCCUGAGUUUAUUUUGCUGUGAUGUCACAUAUCUUCGUAUUUAGAAAUGUUUUGGGAAAAAACUGUACUUAGCUCUGAUGUUAUAUAGAACAUGUCAACUACCAGCACACCACUGCUGAUUUACAAUCUCUAUAGUGUGUGCAGACAGUAGCGUGGUUUAUGGCAACCUCCAGUGUUAGUUUGUUGGUUGUGGUAGUUUGAUUAGAAGGAGUUUGUGAUGAAAUGGCUGUGUAUAACAGGGGAACUACCUGGACAAGGAAUUAUCAACAUGCCAUUUUUCCAGGUAUAUUUGUAUUACCUUUUAGCACCAUGAUGAUGCUAUAGAAAACAUUGCUAGCAUGUCAUUUGAAUCUGUCAUCACCAGAGAGGAGUUCAACUUGUCCAGCUGUAUAAGUUGUCAUAAUUCUUCCAAUCAAGGGCUCUGGUUUUAAUGUCAAUGCUGUAACUGGAUCCCAGCAGCAAAAUGUAGCUUGGAGCUCUCCUCUUGUCGAGGUUGGGUUGAUGCAACGGAGAAGAAACACAGUAAACUGUAGACUUUAUUACAUUAUUCACUCAUAAGGGAUGCUUCUGCGUUGUUGUUCUUGUUCUGCUCUCAUAAAAUAAUUCACUUGGCUUAAACCGUUACAAAUGUUCUCUGUAUUGCACACAGGUGAGCAACACAUGGCUUGCGAUAGCCACUAAACUAAUUACUAAUGAACAAAAUAAACUGAUGUGGAAACUUUUUGGGUCAUUCCAUCUUAACUCAUUAAAUUUCUAGUAACUUCUCUUUUCAGCCACCUUUGUUUUCGACGAAAUGUUCAAAGUUUGGAUAUAUUCUGUAUGAUAAUUGUUGUGAAAUGUUACCUUAAGAUAUUAAAUACCUUUCUAGAUUUUAAAAACAACAACAUUAAUUUACACAUUAGUGUAAUAUUCAGGCACGUAUCCUAAACACAAUGAAAAAUUUAAAACAGCAUGGAAGUUUAGUGAAAAUAGCAUUUUUAGGUCAAAAAGCAUUCUGUGUGUUUCAUUUUACAUUAAAUUUUGAACAUUUAAAUUACUUUGUCAAUAGUGGUCUUUGACAACGUGAGAUGGUUUUGGGGGCAAAAUGUCAUAGCAUGAAAGCAAAUCAU